AUGUCUCUAUCGGCAAAGGACCAGCUGUACGCGGUGGAAAGCUUCAAGCGGGUUCCUGCCCCCACCAUCCCGGGUUAUCUCAGCUCCUUAAUGCCCCAGCCCCGAUUCCUGAAUGGCGAGUCCUUGCUGCCCCUCCAGCCCCGGGCUAGCCUCUUGCCCACCUCUAACGCGGCCCUGCCUUUCACCUUCAGCGGUUUCUCCUUCCUGGGCCAUUCCCGGGCACUGGGCAGCACUGUGCCAGCCUCCCCACUGGGUUUGGAGCCGCGGGUGGCAGCGGGCACUUCGCUGGGUGAGGAGGUCUCGUACUGCCAGCCCUGUCUGCUUCCAGGGGCACCUUUCACAGAGGAACAUCUCAACACCGUGCUGUACGGCCGAAUGGAUUCCGCCAGUGGUGACCAACUGGCUCCUCAUGCUAUCUCAGGCCUGCGCAUCUCCGGCAACACAGGUACUGAGCUCCACGUGGUGGACAGAGAGGGUCUGGAAAUCCCACUGGGGCUCGCUGUCUCUCACACGCUUUACGGCGGAGUGCACCACCUCGGGGUCUUCUGUUCCCAAACGCUGAUCCCCAAGGGGGUCCGAUUCGGACCGUUUACCGGAAAAGUGGUGAAUACGAGUGAAAUUAAAACCUACGACGAUAACUCCUUAAUGUGGGAGAUUUUUGAAGGCGGCACACUGAGUCACUUCAUAGACGGCAAAGGGGCGGCGAGUAAUUGGAUGGCUUUGGUGAACUGCGCCAGAACGCCCCAGGAACAGAACUUAACCGCUAUCCAGAGCGAAGGCAAAAUCUUCUAUGAGACCUGCAAGGAUGUGACAGAGAAACAGGAGCUGUUGGUGUGGUAUGGGGACUGCUACCUCCAGUUUAUGGGAAUCCCGGUCACUUUAAAGGAAGUAACUGAAAGGCCAUUCGCGCAGCAGGCUGAAGAGUCCGCUGAGGGUUUUAAAUGUGAGAGGUGUGGCAAGGUAUUUGCCUACAAAUACUACAGGGACAAGCAUCUGAAAUACACCCGCUGUGUGGACCAGGGAGAUCGGAAAUUCCCCUGUCACCUGUGUAACAGGUCGUUCGAGAAGAGAGACAGACUGAGAAUCCACAUUCUGCACGUCCAUGAGAAACAUAGACCCCACAAAUGCUCUGUGUGUGGUAAGAGCUUCUCGCAGUCCUCUAGUCUUAAUAAACACAUGAGAGUUCACUCAGGAGAGCGGCCAUACAAAUGUGUUUACUGCAACAAGGCUUUCACUGCCUCGAGCAUCUUGCGUACUCAUAUUCGACAACACUCUGGAGAGAAGCCCUUUAAAUGCCGACACUGUGGCAAAGCCUUUGCCUCACAUGCAGCUCACGACAGCCAUGUAAGACGCACACAUUCCAAAGACAAAGGUUUUGCUUGUGCAAUCUGUGACAAGAGCUUUGUGGAAGCGCAUGAGCUCAAGUAUCACCAGAUGCAACUCCACACAGAUGAGAGGCUCCAGGUAGAUUCUGAAGUCACGCAGGAACUGCACCAUUUGCCAAUCAGUCAGAAAAGCAAUGUGGAUGGAGAUUACGCUUACAAUUCAAGCGAGGAUUCACCGGCAGCCCCACGGAAUCCAUAUAAAGGGGAAUGCAGUCCCUACAGAGUCACCACAGGAGUCACCACUCUGCACAACGAUGGCUACAGACCCUGGAAUUAG